AUGUCCACCGUAGUUGAAGACACUUAUCCGCAAACAGAGCUUAAACUGAGUCUCAUGAGCAGAAACAAUCAAACAAACAAAGAAAAAAACUACUCCAACCACAGUAACGCCAUAGACAGCAGAAUUUUACCUGAACCGAUGAAGGAGCCGAAAUUCCGGUGCGAAACGACAGCGCCUAUUGCCAUUUUCACCGGAAAACUGCUGGUGUUGUGCUCAAGUUUUCAUAUCUUCAGAUCUGAGAAGAUUUUGUCGAACCUGUCUCGCUCUACUGUGGAUAUGUUAUCUGGUAACCGGUGUUGCUCAACGAAGUUUUCAGCACAGGCCUCAGAAUAA